AUGGCCACUGACGAGGCAAAAAGCAAUGCGUUUGCCAUCCUACCGAUCCGCAUGCCCGCCGUGCCCUCCUUUCCUCACGCGACGAUGCAUGAGAUACGGAUACGGCGGAACGAGCCGAAAAUCCCGACACCCAACGACUCGAGGAGUCUUUACUUGAAAAACAUACCGACCGAUAGCACCGAGUCACAUUUUAGAGCCGUCUUUGCCCACCUGGUCGGUGCCGGCCGCUUCGAGACCAUACUCUUUCACGACGAGGCUCAGGCCGGACUCGUCGUCGACCCCGCCCACGCGACCAAGAUGGAUGGCAUGGCGCGGAAACGAAAAAUGAUGCAUCUCGAGGCGCAGGAGCGAGCGCGCGAAGACGAGGCCGCACGGCUACCCACGCUGUGGACGCGGACGCUGCACAAGAGCGGCGGCACUGCCGUGGUGUUGCUGGCGGACGAGAAGAGCGUGCAGCUCGUCAUGAAGGCUGUGGCGAAGCUUCCGAAGACGAAGAAAUUCCCGACGUGGGGUGAGAACGUGGCCGACGAGGUCCCCCCGCUGGGCGCGCCAUGGCUCUCGGCCCACCUGCAGCUCUGCCGUGUCGACAAGGCGGCGACGCAAAAUGCCGUCCACGCCUUCUUCGACGCCUUCAACCGGCGCGAGAAGGAGGCCGUCGAGAUGGCCAAGAGAUUGCGCAACGAGCCGGACGAAGAUGGCUUCGUCACCGUCACGCGCGGCGGUCGGGCGGCCCCCGCGAGCCGAAGCGAGGCCGAGGAAGCGCGGGAGAAGAUGGUGGGCAAGGAGGCCAAGAAGAAGCUCGAAACCAAGGACUUUUAUCGAUUCCAGCACAGGGAAAGGCGGAAGCAGGAGCAGGUCGCCCUCCUGCAGCGCUUCGACGAGGACAGGCGAAAGGUCGACGCCUUGCGGGAAAAGAGAAACAAGUUCAGGCCCGAGACGUGA